AUGAUAGGGGAACAGAGCAUUUACCACCAUUCUUACACCUUCUCGUUCUUUCUAGUUUUCCUUGUCUUGAUUCUAUUUCGUCCUGCCUUUUCGACCUAUAUCAAUACUCUGUCAUUUAAAGAAUCUCUUACAAUCUCAAGCAACAGAACACUUGUAUCUCCCGGUAAUGUCUUCGAGCUUGGUUUCUUCAAAACCAAUUCUCGUUGGUAUCUCGGGAUAUGGUACAAGAAAGUGUCCAACAGAACCUAUGUUUGGGUCGCCAACAGAGAUAACCCUCUCUCCAAAUCCAUUGGAACCCUCAAAAUCUCCAACAUAAACCUUGUCCUUCUCGAUCACUGUAAUAAAUCAGUUUGGUCGACGAAUCUAACUAGAGGAAAUGAGAGAUCAUCUACGGUGAUGGCAGAGCUUCUCACCAACGGAAACUUCGUGAUGCGAGACUCCAAUAACAAAGACGCAAGUGGAUACUUGUGGCAAAGUUUUGAUUAUCCUACAGAUACUUUGCUUCCGGGGAUGAAACUAGGUUACGACCUCAAAACAGAGCGCAACAGGUUCCUUACAUCAUGGAGAAGUUCAGACGAUCCGUCAAGCGGGAAUACCACGUACAAAAUCGACACUCGAAGGGGAAUGCCUGAGUUUAUUCUUAAUCAAGGACCUUAUGAAAUGCAAAGGAGCGGUCCUUGGAAUGGAAUGGAGUUUAGUGGCAUACCGGAGGUGCAAGGGUUAAAUUACAUGGUUUACAAUUAUACGGAGAGCAGAGAGGAGAUCACUUACUCAUUCCAUAUGACCAACCAAAGCAUCCACUCGAGAUUGAUGGUCAGUGACUAUACACUCAAUCGAUUCACGUGGAUCCCGCCAUCAUCCGCAUGGAGCAUGUUCUGGAGGAUACCAACGGACGGUUGCGAUUUUCUUCACUUCUGUGGGUCUUAUUCUUACUGUGACCUAAACACGUCACCUAACUGUAACUGUAUUAGAGGGUUCGUUCCCAAGAACCGGCAGCGGUGGGACUUGAGAGACGGAUCAGAGGGGUGUGUUAGGACGACGCGGCUGAGCUGCAGUGGAGAUGGGUUUUUGCGGCUAAAGAAUAUGAAUUUGCCGGAUACUAAGACAGCGACUGUGGAUCGGACAAUUGAUGUGAAAAGAUGUGAAGAGAGGUGUCUUAGCGAUUGUAACUGUACAUCUUUUGCGACUGCGGAUGUUCGAAAUGGAGGAUUGGGUUGUGUGAUUUGGACAGGAGAGCUCGUUGAGAUGCGGAAAUACGCCGUCGGUGGUCAAGAUCUUUACGUCAGAUUGAAUACUGCUGAUCAAGGUUAG